AUGGACACGCUGAAGCAGUCCAUAAGUGAUGGACGCCGGGUGAAGGUGGUCGUCAGCGGAGAUCUGGCUCCCCUCGGAGUCGAAAUUGAUGAGGACUUGAUGGAAGAGGGCUUGCCAGCAAAAGUCUUGGCUGAUGCCGUCUUUGUCGCCAUGAAGGAAGCCCACAACACAACCCUCGAGCUCUCCCGGACUGAGCUCUCGAAGUUCUACAAGGACGUGGGCAUGCCCCUUCCUGGAGCAGCCGGGGCGGCUGCUGGGGGCAUGCCAGGUGGAGAAAAGUAA